AUGAAUUACGACGAACACACGGUGCCGACCGGGGGCCAGCACUACAGCGGCCGGAACCGCAUCCCAAACAUCCACGAGUUCGUCGCCCAGCUCGACAAGGAGAAGAGGGAGCGCGACGCUGCCAUUGAAGCUGAGGACAAGGAGCAUGCCAGGCUUGCAAAGGAAGCUGCCCAGCAGAAGCCUCAGAACAAUAUACAACAGCAACAACAAAAUCAACAGUUACAAGACACAAAGGAUCACAUCCCCGAGAAGCCAAGAGGCGCUCGCAAGACAACCAAGACAGUGCGGGACCCCGUCACUGGCAAGGAUGUUGAGAUUGAAAACCCCAAGGAAAACUUCAAGGACGUAGUAGAUAACCCCAAGUUGUCCGUUCCCAAUAAUAAUCUCGGAAAGGAUGCCACAGUCUCAACGUCCCCUAAUCAGUCUGGCGAGGAGUAUCGACGGGCCCAAGAUAUCACGGCACCGCCCGAUCCAGUCGAGCCCGGAAGCACGACCGACGUGCCAAUCCACAGCGAAAAGACCAAUGUGAACUUCUUCCACACUCCCAGCGUCAGCUACGAACCCAUGUUUGAGCACCUGGAAAGACGAGCAAACAUUUUGUGCGCGGGUAUCUUCUUCAGUAUCGUCAUUGUCGGCAAGUUCUUUGGUGGUGCGCUCUACGGCCUGCUUCCGCUCGGAUUCUGCGUCGCAUCUGGUGUGUUUCUAUGGAUAAAGGACCUCAUCACACAAGGCCGAAACACGGAAUGGUCCAGUGAGCAGCAGCGUGGCGAAACAGCAACUGUCAACCUGGUCCCCGAGUCGGUUGAGUGGAUGAACACCGCCGUGGGCAUCAUGUGGAAUCUAAUCAACCCCGAGAUGUUUGCUGGCCUAGCCGAUACUCUUGAGGAUGUCAUGGCCGCCUCGGUUCCUGGUGUUAUCGAGAACGUGCGCGUCGCCGACAUUUCACAGGGCAGCAAUCCGCUCCGCAUUCUCAGCUUGCGCGCCCUUCCCGACAGCCACGUCAAGGAUAUCAAGGACGAAGCCCAUAAGCAGAACCAGGCGAAUACCGAUCCCAACGAGCUGGCUGCCAUGGAGCAGGCUGGCUCGUUCUACAACCUUGAAGCCUCGGUCGCCUACCACGCAAAGCCGUCAGGCGCUGACGUUUCGUCCAAGGCCCGCAACAUGGGCAUGCAAUUGGUCUUCUACCUUGGUGUCCGCGGUCUUUUCGGUGUUCCUCUCCCCAUUUGGGUCGAGCUGCAGGGACUUGUCGCCACCGCCCGUAUCAGACUUCAGCUUACCCCUGAGCCGCCUUUCCUCAAGACCCUCACGUUUACUCUCAUGGGUAUUCCCAAGGUUCAGGCAGGUUGUACUCCGAUGAUUGAGAAGGGAGUGAACAUCCUCAAUUUGCCACUUAUCUCCAACUUUGUGAACUGGGCCAUUGGUACCGCCGCCUCUAUGUACGUUGCUCCCAAAAGCAUGACUCUCGACCUGAGCAAGAUGCUGCAAGGCGACGACAUCAAGAAGGAGACCCUUGCCCUUGGUCUCCUAUUCAUCCGUAUUCACAAGGCAACAGGCCUCAGCAAACAAGACCGCCGUGGCAGCGAGGGUGGAGGCUCCGACCCCUAUAUCACUGUCGCCUGGAGCAAAUUUUCGAAGCCUCAGUUCUGCACCCGUGUCAUCCAAGAUGAUCUCAAUCCCGUCUUCGAAGAGAGCUGCGGCCUGCUGGUUACCGCUGAUUUGAUCAAGGCUGAUGAGCAACUUUCAGUCGAACUUUGGGAUAGCGAUCGCUCAUCUGCGGACGACGUCGUUGGCAAAGUCGAGUUGAGCAUCCAGAAACUCAUUCAACACCCAGGCAAGAUGUUUCCUCAAGUUUCUAAGCUCGCUGGAGUCAAGGCCGAGACUUCUAUGCCUGGUGAACUGCACUGGGAGGUUGGCUUCUUUGGCAAAACCCAGUUCCGCAAGGCUCUCCGUACCGACGGUAAAGACGUCAACUUGCCUCCUGAACUAAGGGACAAGAAAGAACUUCAGGAUGAAAAGGGUACGAUUGAGAACGAUAUUGAGGAUGCCGUCGAGCACACCCCUCCCGACCCUCUCUGGCCCUCUGGUAUCCUCAGUAUCGUUGUUCACCAGAUCGUUGGAUUGGAGCUCGCCAAUGUGAAGGGUUCCAACGGCAAGCGCAAGGGACGCGAGUACGAGCCUGCCCGUCUUGAUGCUGGCGAGGUCAAAGAGGAGCAAGGCAGCAAGUUGCCCAGUUCAUACUGCACGAUCCUGGUCAACGACGAAUUGAUCUACAAAACACGUACGAAGGCCGUGUCUUCACAGCCCAUCUUCAACGCCGGUACUGAAAAGUUCAUCCGAGACUGGAGGUCAGGUAUUGUAACAAUCUCAGUCCGCGACUCCCGCAACAGACAGCACGAUCCCAUCAUCGGCGUGGUCCCCCUUAAGCUAUCUGAUAUCCUACGAACUGGAAGUGAAGCUACAAGAUGGUACCCUCUCGAUGGCGGAGUCGGAUACGGAAGGAUCCGUAUUUCCCUGCUCUUCAGGUCCGUCGAGCUGCGCUUGCCUCCGAGCCAGCUUGGCUGGGACGUAGGCACUUUCGAGUUCACUUCCCAAGAAAUCACCGCUGCCGGCUAUGGUCGCUUGAAGACCAAAAUCCGACUUCGUACCGGUGGCAGCUCAGCCAGCAUCAAGCGAGACGCUUGUAAUAAGCUCGAGGAGCAAGAUGGCUACUCAUGGAACAUCAGUGGCGAGGACAAGCAUGAGAAGAUCCGUCUUCCUAUUCGGUACCGCUACAGAUCUCCGGUGUUCUUCGAGUUUUAUCCUCCUGGCAAGCGCCAUGCUGACGCUUUUGCGUCGCUGUGGCUUCAAGACUUCCCAGAUUGCGAGGAGCGCGACUUCGAUAUUCCCAUCUUCAACUGCGACAAGGGUCUGCGUCUGUCACAGAACUACAUCACUCAGGACAACUUCAAGGACAUCCCUGACAUGAAGAUUGAAGAGAUUGGUCGACUCAAGUUCAAAGGCCGCUUCUCCACCGGUACCGAUGGCGACCAUAUCAAAUUUGUCACCGACAAUGAUUCUCGCGAGACGAUUGAGACAUGGGAAGCCUGUUUCGCAGAAGGCGUACGCGGUGAGGAGGUUCGAGCUGAAGUGCCUCCCGCCGUUCAGAAGCUUCAUGACGAGUCUCUUACCCAAGGUCGCGAUGUCCUGGCCCAGACUGAUCCGAAGGAGAAGGAGAAGUGGCUGUCCAAGGAUGGAACUGAUUGGAGUACUGCUUUCGGACAAGACCCUACCCAGAUGAUGGGCGGCGAUGAUGAUGAUCAGGAGAAUCUCAAUUCAGAGGGACGCGAUGAUUUCGACACGGAUUAUGACGAUGACAACAGCAGCGAGCCCGAUCUCGGACUCACGGAUGCAAGUACUAGAGACGGGAGCAACGGCACACGGCAAUCAACAGAGAGCAAUGUGAGCGAGGCUCCGUCAAACGCAUCUCAGAAAAGCAACGGCAAUGGGCCUGUCGCGGCUUACAAAGAUUACAAGAGCAGAAGCCGAGAUCUGCACCGUCAACAUCGGGGGCUGAUGCAGUGGCGCCCCAUGCGUAACGUGCAGUUCGCCAAGGAUGAAGCCAAGUUCGCGAUCCGGAAGAUUACCAAGAUGGGUGCUCUCAACGGCCGCAAGCCCGAUGUUGAGACCGAAGUCUAG